GCCAAUGGCCUUGCGCCAUUCGGUGCUGCCUUUCUGGACCAAGCCCCUUCGCAGACCACUUAUUAAAUACAACAAGAGAAGCCGCGCGUCGAUCGAUGGGCGAGGGACCGACGACGACGACGAUGGCCGCCGACGUCGAGUGGAAGGUCGCGCAAUGCCCGCGCUCCGGCCGCUCGUACUACUACCACCCGGUUACGCGCGAGACGACGUGGAAGAAGCCGCCCUGCAUCGUCCGGCGCGAGAAGGAGGCGGCGUCCCACUUUUUCCGGACCAUGGAGAACAACAUCAAGAACAAGCUGCGCGCGGGCAUGCUCUCGCCCGAGCCCGUCGCGAGCCGUGACGACGUCGCGGCUGUCAUCGCGGCCGGGCCGCCGCGCCUCUUCCGCACGCUCUCGGCCAAGGAAGACACGAACGAUACGCCGCCCGUGCACAGCCGCAAGCCUGCCACGAAACUCGCGACGGGCCCGCCACGGCUCUUUCGAACGCUGUCGGCAAAAGAAGACCUGAACCAAGACGUGCCAGUCUAUGGCUCGCUCGCGUCCAAGCUGCCGCCGUCGCCGAUUCCAGAGAACCGCGAGCGCGGGACGCCGGUGCUGCACGAGCGGGCGUCGUUCACGGACGGCAGCGCGUACCGCGACGAGGCGUUUACCGCGGUGGUGCCGCCGCAGCCACUGCGCAUGCGCUCGAACAGCACCAACUCGAUCUACGUGCGCAUGGGCACGAUGAACAAGCCGGACGUCAAGAGCACGAUGCUCUGCGUCGCCCAUGUCAUUCGCGGCCACAUUCGCGAGGCCCAUGCGACGCCGCUGCCCGCGGACCCGCGCUUCCACGGGUUUCUCUCGAUGGAAGCGCUGCAGGCGUCGUCGCUCAAGAAGCUGCCGCUGCCGUCGAUCGACGACAUUGUGUCGUUCAUGCACCAAGUGCACACCAAGGCGCAAAUGGAGUCGGAGUGCAUCAUCAUGGGGCUCAUCUACGUCGAGCGCCUCUUGCAAGCGACGAUGGGCAAAGGGCUGCAGAUCCACGCCGGCAACUGGCACGCGAUCCUCUUCUCGUCCAUGGUCAUGGCCAGCAAGGUCUGGGACGACCUCAGUAUGUGCAAUGCCGACUUUUCCAAGAUCUGCCACGUCACGUUUCCACUCCGGCGCAUCAACACGCUGGAGCUACUGUACCUGGCGGCCGUCGAGUACAACGUCCGCGUCUCGGCCGCGUCGUACGCCAAGUACUACUUUCACCUGCGCACCAUCUACAAGUCGCUCGCGAUCGGGCAGCUCUCGGCCUUUGACUCGAACACGCCGUUGAACCUUGAAGGUGCGCGCAAGAUGCAAGUCAUCUCGGAAGACUACGAAGAGCGCAUCAAGCUCCUUCCGCCGCCACUGCGCCGUCGGUCGCGCACGAUUGCUAGCCCAAUGCCGUCCGACAAGAUGCUCGAGGACGAGUACCGGUACUCGGACCUCACGGCGCCGCCCGCGUCCAUUGAGCAGCUUGUUCACAUGGAGGUCAAGAGUGCUGGCGGCUCGUCGCCCAGCUACGGCUUUGGCAAGCGCCACUCCGAGUAGCCAUUUUCCAUUCCUUUUCUGUCUCUGUGCCGUCAGUUCGGCGUCCUGUUCCGUCCUGUGUGAAGAAUAGCCACCUUGUUUUGUCAAUAUAACCACUGACGUCCCGUA